UCUAACUCGUGUGAUUACCGCGCAGUGCAGUUGAGAUUGUUUUGAUACACAUAAAUGCAUAGUUUCUAUUUAGUGGCAAAAAUGGAAAAUAUACCUUUUUACCUUGCACUUGUGCCUUUGUAUGGAGCAGUUUUGUUAAACGCGGAAUCAGUGAUUGAAGAUGAACGGGCGUGUUCAAGAUUCGAGUUCGACCAUAAGUUGUUGGAAAAUUUUGUACGCCUCGAGAAUUCAUUUAAAAUAGUGAAAAACAGUUUAGAUGCCCUGGAAGAGCGUGUAAACAAUUUGGACGGCGGCCGAAGGAGCGAAAAGAAGGCAGUUGCCUUCACAGCCACUUUGGACCACGAAGUUAAAGUGGGAAAUGGUGACACUCUGACAUUUAAUAACAUUCUCAAUAACGCCGGAAAUGGUUACAACAGCGACACUGGCAUUUUUACGGCACCUAUAGCAGGAACCUAUAUAUUUGCAUUCCAUAUAGAACACUGGGAAACAAAGGAGCUAACAGCUCAACUCAUGCUUGACAACACCAUACAAGUCAGUUCCGUGGUAUACCCAGGUGGUAAAAGCACGCAGAGCGGAAAUACAGCUGUUAUUGGGCUUCAAAUGGGGCAGACUGUUUGGGUCAAAACAUCUGAAGGUCAGCUUUACGGAAGCGAAACAUUUCAUGGUACAACUUUCAGUGGCGCUUUAUUAUACUGACAGAAACAGUUUCCAACCAACCUCAAUUUAAAACUUGAAUUUACUGCAUGUGCUUUGUGUAGUCAUCAUUGACUUCGCUUUUUAAAUGUAACCGAAUUGUUGCAAUAUCAUAUCUUCUAUAAUUAUUGUCUAUCUUUAUAUAUUCAUUCAAUGUCUUAAAAUAUUUAUUGUAAAACAGAAAGAUUUUUUUCAAUGCUUCAUAUAUUUUUUUCUAUCUUUUGAAAUAUUUAUUGUAAAACAAAAAAAAUGCAAUGUGACAAAAUAUUUAUUCAAGCAGUGAUAAGCAUAUAAUACAUGUAAUUGUUUUAUCAUUGAGGUAAUAAAAUUUGGCCGCAUGACCGCAGAAUUGGGAUGUCCGCAAAAUAGCAAUUUUUCGCGAAUUCUUUUGAACAAACCUUUUACGCAGAUAGAAUGAAUAUUUACCUUUUACACACAAUUAUUAUCGUUUCAUCGAAUAAAAAUUUUGUAGGAUUGAACAAAUAAUUUGAAAACAUUGAACACAUAUUUUGUCGCAUUGCAGACUGCUUUUAGUUUUACAAUAAAUAUUUCAAAAGAUAGAAAAAAAAUAUAUGAAAACAUUGAAAAAAUAUUUCAGUUUUACAAUAAAUAUUUGAUGACAUUGAAUAAGUAUAUAAAGUUGGGCAAUAAUUAUAGAAGAUAUAAUAUUGCAACACAUUGCACGCCAUAACUACAAGACUUCAAUUUAUUCCUUAUAAGAAUAGAUUUUUUCUUUUGAAAUUCUUUCUUGCAUAUAUCUAAUUGAUUUUCUGUUGUUGCGAACUGUUAAAGUAAACAGUGUUAUAGAGCUAACGAGACGUCACAGUCGUCAACUGACGUCUGAUACUGAUAUAGCAGCGUUAUAAUGUCGCCUAACAACGCACGUGAAUUUGUUGAAUAUAGAUUUUUUUUAUCUACCCCCCCCCCCCCCGCCAAAGGCAAAGGGGAUAUUAGAAAUGCUCUCCGUCCGUGCGUGCGUGCGUGCGUGCGUCCGUCCGUCCGUCCGAAAUAAUCUUUGUUCGGAGCAUAACUCCAAAAGUACUGGAGGGAUUUUCUUCAAACUUCAUACACUGAUAGAACACAUUGGGAGAAAGUGCAGAGUGCAAGAACAAUAACUCUACCUUGCCUAUUUUUUGAGUUAUUCCCCUUUAUCAUAUUUUCUUAAAAAAAUUUGUUUGGAGCAUAACUCCAAAAGUACUGGAGGGAUUUUCUUCAAACUUCAUACACUGAUAGAACACAUUGUGAGGAAGUAGUACAGCAAGCAUGCUAAAUCCAGUUUUAAGGUGUUUUUUGACCAAUCUCUACCCGAUAAAGAUUUUUGUGUGGACUAGCAUUUUUUUUUUUUUUUUAAGAUUAACUUCCCUUAGUUGUUACUAUAAAUAACUUAUAUUUAAGUAACAUUUUUAUAAUUGACCCUAGGGAAAAAACAAGACCACUUUUCUGUGGUACAACAUAGAUGUUACUCUCCAAUUUUAGGCGUAUUUUAUUACAUAUAAGGUUUCUCUACCUGGUAAGGAGUUUUUUUUGUGGACUUUAAAAAACAAAAGACUUACAAUGAUUACUAAACAACCACAAAAUUAACAUUCCAUUUGCAAAUACAGCUGCUAGAGUAAAGAAAUUUGCUUUGACGGGCAUAUAUUGUGACAUUCUGGCACUUUUGUUCCCUGUUAGCUUUCCAUUCCGUUUUUUUACAGUAGCCAUAUAGAAAAACAUCAUAGCUAUACUGUUCAUGAAAAUUAAUAAAAUUUUGCAGUAAACUACCUCA